AUGGCGGUGCGAGCUCAGUUCGAGAACUCCAACGAGAUUGGUGUUUUCUCAACCCUCACCAACUCUUACGCCUUGACUGCUGUCGGCGCAAGUGAGAACUUUUACAGUGUCUUUGAAGCAGAGUUACAAGAUGUCAUUCCUAUUUGCCGGACAACGAUUGCGGGCACGCGCAUUAUUGGCCGACUAACAGCAGGAAACCGCAAGGGUCUCCUCGUGCCCACAUCGACGACAGAUCAGGAGCUGCAACACCUACGGAAUUCCCUGCCCGAUGAGAUUCGGAUACAGCGCAUUGAGGAGCGCCUCUCGGCCCUCGGUAACGUCAUUGUCACAAACGACCACAUUGCCCUCGUGCAUCCGGAUCUGGAGCGCGAGACGGAGGAGAUUAUUGCAGAUGUUCUCGGAGUCGAGGUUUUCCGUCAGACCAUUGCCGACAACGUGCUAGUCGGCUCCUACAUGUCUCUCAGCAACCAGGGUGGUCUCGUCCACCCCAAGACCAGCAUACAGGACCAGGACGAGCUUAGCAGUCUGCUGCAGGUCCCGCUCGUGGCUGGCAGUGUCAACCGAGGAAGCAAUGUCGUCGGAGCUGGCAUGGUCGUCAACGACUGGAUGGCAGUGACGGGCUUGGACACGACAGCCACCGAGCUUAGUGUGAUCGAGAGUGUGUUCAGACUAGGCGAGGGCAACGCACCGGGUAACAUUUCGGGCAGCAUGAAGGACACCAUGGUCGAGAGUUUCUACUAG